CCUGCGCUGCGCCGCGCGGCCGGGUGCAUGCAUUGUGGGCCUCCAGACAUGGUCUGCGAGACGAAGAUCGUGGCCGCCGAGGACCAUGAGACGCUGCCAGGGGCCAAGAAGGACGCGCUUCUCGCCGCUGCCGGCGCCAUGUGGCCCCCGCUGCCAGCCGCGCCCGGGCCGGCCGCGGCGCCCUCCGCGCCCCCGCCCGCGCCCGGCCCCCAGCCCUGCGGCGGUGCUGGGGGCGCGGGGCCUCCGGGGGCGCGCGGCGUGUACAUCCGCGAGUUCCGCGCGGCCGAGCAGGAUGCGGCGCGCCGCAUCUUCUACGACGGCAUCAUGGAGCGCAUCCCCAACACGGCCUUCCGCGGCCUGCGGCAGCACCCGCGCACGCAGCUGCUCUACGCCCUGCUGGCCGUGCUCUGCUUUGCCCUGACCCGCUCGCUGCUGCUCACCUGCCUGGUGCCUGCCGGGCUGCUGGGCCUGCGUUACUACUACAGCCGCAAGGUGGUCCUCGCCUACCUGGACUGCGCAUUGCACACGGACAUGGCUGACAUCGAGCAGUACUACAUGAAGCCCCCUGGCUCCUGCUUCUGGGUGGCUGUGCUGGACGGCAGUGUGGUGGGCAUCGUGGCGGCGCGGGCCCACGAGGCAGACAACACGGUGGAGCUGCUGCGCAUGUCUGUGGACUCGCGCUUCCGCGGCAAGGGCAUCGCCAAGGCACUGGGCCGCAAGGUGCUGGAGUUUGCUCUGGCGCACGACUACUCUGCGGUGGUAUUGGGCACAACAGCCGUCAAGGUGGCCGCCCACAAGCUGUACGAGUCGCUGGGCUUCAGACACAUGGGCUCCAGUGACCACUACGUGCUGCCUGGCAUGACCCUCUCGCUGGCUGAACGCCUCUUCUUCCAGGUCCGUUACCACCGUUACCGCCUACAGCUGCGUGAGGAGUGACUGCCCGCUGCCCAGGCCGCUUUCAGACGCUCGCCUCGGUGUCUGUGUUGGGUUUUUCCUUUUCAACAUCACGUGGUUCUCUGGCUGGUUCUCGGGCAGUGGGGCUGUCGCUUAUCCGUGCCACUUCGGGGGGUGGGUUGUUCACAGCCACAGCACCUCACCCUGCCCGGCCUGCUAGGGCCACGGCCUGAAGAGUGACAGCAUGGACCACCGCGUACCCACUCGGCUGCCCAGCCCUGGCUGGAGGGACCCCCUCUGGCCCACUGCUUCUGGGGCAGGCCCAGCCUUGCCCACCAAGCACAGAAGCUCUGCUGUGAGGCCCCUGCCUGGCAGGCCGCUGGCCAUUAGCCAGCCAGGCUAUGGCUCAGCCACUGGUCCCUGGGAGGCGUGGUGUGCUGGGCUGGCCGGCCACUGCCUCGUGGGGUGCUGAGCUGGCCAUGGGCCCUGCUUUGCUGUGUGCAUGCUGAGGAUGUGGCCUGGCUGCAGCAUGCCGCAUGCCCACAGCUCCCAUCGGCUGCCCCGUCCAGACUGGGCCUGGACUGUCAGCACUCCUGCCCUGCUCCGGCCUUGAGCCCGCCACGGGCGGCCCGCCUGCAUUCUGGAGGGCCUGAUCACCUCACGCCACCCCUUGCUUCACCCGGUUCAGCUCUGCUUUGACAUCUGUCCCCUCUCUUCCCUUUGGUCCCCGCCCCACCGUCCGGGCUUUGUUGAUCGGCAUAUUGCCAGGUGUGGUUCCCAGAGCAGCCUGUUGCCCAGCCGUGGUCGGGGCCCUUCUGGAGAGCAGGGAUGGGGCGGCAGCCGCCGGGCCACAGCUCCCCCAGCAGCCAGACCUCCCCACCCAUGGCUGAUGGGCUCUGCCCUGUGGGUCCUACUAACCCAGGCUGCUGCCUAUAUCACCAAGCCUACAGCUUUUCCCAGCCUGGAACCAACCUAUUUUUUAAUAAGUUAUUUAGACAGAAUAGCACUCUGCAUGACUUUAAUUCUUGGGACAAAACGGUAGUUUAUACCUUAACACACACACACAUCUGUGUGGUCUAGAAUAUGCACUAUUUCUGGCCCAGUUUGGUGGGAGUGGGUGGCCGGGUGGGUGGAGGUUGAAAUCUGGAGGGAGACCCUGAUUCAGCCUAAGUUCCCCCCAAAGAGCAUUCCUGGUUUGUGAGGAGGCUCCGGGCCACCCCCAUCUGGAAGGGAGCAAGUUCCCUGCAGCUCCCAGUGGGGGACAGGCGGUUCUCACUGCCGCCUGGCUUGGGGGGCCCCUGUGCUCCGGAGGCUGGAGGCAGGCACGGUGUGGGGCGGCCUGGAGGCGGAGGGGGAAGGGCUGCUCGGUGGCGGCAGCGCUCGCUCACCCAGCCGUGAGCCUGGCCUGGCCGCCGCGGCCAGAGAGGAAUAAAUGCCUGUGGAGACCCCUUUAUUUGGGGUUUGGUGGGGAAUGGCAGGUGCAGUGGGCCCCUGAGCUGGCUUCUGAGUGUGGGUCCACGGAAAGGAUUUCUUAAAAAGGCACUUUGGAAGUUUGCAAAUGAAUGAAACAAGCCCGGUUUCCUGAGGGGCCCUUUGUGUGGUCAGCAACGGAGGUACUUGCAGAACACUGUACAGACCCCAGUCUCCCCUGUACAUUCUCCCUGGUGGCGCCCGGUCCCUACUCGGGGAUGGGAGUUUUGUAGACUGUACAGAAAUUGGCACCCUAUUUUCUUGCUGCUCUCAGAUUUUGUUAAUCUGGAUCAUACAGACAGACGUAAAGUGUUUUAGCAAAAUGGAAAACAGUUGUGCCUUUUUCCUCUUUCGGUUUGGUUUGGUUUUGGCUUGGGGCGGCCUUAGCGGUGUGGGGUAUGUUGGGCUGCAGCUGGUCUGAGGCUGGCUGGGCAGGAAGGGCACCGGGGUCGGCAGGAGGGGUCCUGUCUUGU